CUGCAAGUCGGAACUGGAUUACACGCCCACAAACAACAUCAUACCGGCAGCACGCCCCCCCACGCGCAUUAUGUCUACCAGUCACCAAGGCGCCGUUCUCCUCCAGAAGGGCGAACGGCUCACUUUGCAGACGCUGGAAACGGCCCAGCCGGGCCCAAAUGAACUGCUCGUCUCGGUCAACGCCAUCGCGCUGAACCCAGUCGACUAUUACAUGCGGGACAUGGGGAUCUUCGUCAAGGACUACCCGGCAAUCAUUGGCUCCGACAUCGCCGGCACGAUCGAGGCUCUGGGUUCUUCUAUCGCGUCGUCUUCGACUUCUACGGCGGCGCAGUUCAAGCCCGGCACGCGCGUGCUGGGCUUCGCGCCGGCCUUCUUCUACCAAGGCGUGCCGCGCUACGGGGCGUUCCAGAAGAAAGUCAUCGUGCCGGUCGAAAACGCGUGCGUGAUUCCGGACACGCUGAGCUUCGUCGACGCUGCGACCCUCCCGAUGGGCGUGGUCACGGCGUGGAGCGGCUGGACCAGCAUCGGCCUACGCUACGACACCCGCUUCGCCGCGUCGGACAAGCAGGCCGUUCUGGUCUGGGGCGCGUCCAGCUCCGUGGGCGUGUGCGCCGUGCAGACGGCCAAGGCGCUCGGCUUCACCGUGUUCGCGACCUGCAGCCCCCGGCACCACGCGUACCUCCGCUCCCUCGGCGCGGACGACGUCUUUGACUACAAAGCGCCCGGCGUGGUGCAGGACAUCCUCGCCGCCGCCGCGAAGAAGCACGGCGGCGUGCUCUUGAAAACCGCAUACCACGCCACCGGCGACAUCCAGCCGUGCCUGGACGUGCUCGCGGCCUCCAGCACCGCGGAGAAUAAGGGCAGGCUCGCCACCGCCGUGCCCGUCGGCCCGUCCACGCCGACGCACCCCAGCGUCGAGACCAAGUUCGUCAUGGCCCCCGAAGGCUCCGGGACGGGUGGCAAGCACUUGGAGUUCGUGCUGCAGCAAUGGCUAGCCCCGCGACUGGCGAAUGGGGAAUUCAUCCCCGCCCCGCAUGCGAGGGUCAUGCCGGGUGGUCUGGCCGGCUUGAACGAUGCGUUGGACGUGCUGAAGGCAGGGGUGAGUUGUCAGAAACUCGUUCUGGAGGUUUGAACUUGGUCAACGAAGUGGUGGAGGGGGAGAAGAGCCUGAGCGAGGUGAGGCUGAGACGAGAAGGGGGUCCGAGAGGAGAAGGAAACGAAUACUACUGCAAAGAAAGGCGUCCACGAAGCCGAGAGCAAAAGAGCUCCAUGCAUGGACGAUAUGGAGUCCAUUAGGUCCCAUGUCACGACGCUACUAUCAAGUCGGAGAAUCGCACGGACUCGAGAAGGAACCAGGUACGUAGAUACGUAAAUCAGUGGAUGCCUACAAGCAGAGCCGCCAGAGCAGUGGGCUAGAACCACCAAAAAUGGACCAGAGCCACGCAAAUGGAAAAGACCAUGACCUUGAGCCCGGCGCUUAACCCCCCGGGAAAUAUGGAAAGUGUGCAAAAUCAAUCAAUUUCCUGCAAGCCGCGG